CAUCAUGUAGGAGGGAAGAGCUGAAACAGCUGUGCCCCCUCCAUACUGCUCCAAUACACAGAGGAGAAACAUCUGCAGAGCCCUCCAGAGCUACAGUAAGUACGGCUGUCCAGGCAUGCUGGGAAUUGUAGUUUUGAAGCAGCUGGAGAGCCACAGGUUGGGGAUCACAGAUGUAGAUUAUCUGAGUAUUAUAGUGUCAUAUUCCCUGUAAUAGAAAUAUGUGUAUGGCCCUUUAAUUCUAGAAACCAUUGGCGGUCAGAGAUCACAGAGUUCACCCAUGACGUCCGCAGGUUGAAGACCACUGCUAUAGAUGAUCUGUCGAAAAAACCAUUAUUGUGUGGACUUUCCCUUUCGGAGAUGAUACCUGUCAUACAAUGGACAUAAAGGCCUACCUCCAGAGGGUGAAUUUGACGCACUCUAAACCUCCUUCCCUCUCAGCAUUGCGGGAAUUACACCACCACCAUGUACACUCUGUGCCCACGGAAAGUCUCAGCAUGCACAGCGGGGAAAAAAUUAUCCUUGACGUUUUGUGGAUAUACGACAAAAUAGUUGUAAGGCGACGAGGCGGUUUCUGUUAUGAGAACAAUGGUCUUUUCUUAUGGGUGCUACAGCAACUGGGCUACCACCCAAAAAUUCUUGCAGCCAGGGUGAAGGACCCAAAAACUGGCAUUUAUGGCUCACCAUUUGACCAUAUGUUAAUGACAGUAGAACUAGAAGGAAGGAGAUGGCUUUGUGAUGUCGGUUUUGGGGAAGGAAUCAUUGAGCCAUUUCCCCUGGAGGACGGAUGGGAAGAGGAGCAGGACAACAAUGUGUUUCGGUUACGUGUAGAAGAAGAUGAAUGGUACUUGGAGAGAAAGGAGGAGGAAGCCUGGAGAAGUCUUUUCAGGUUCACCCUAGAGGAGAGGACAUUUGACGACUUCCGGGAGAUGUGUGAAUAUCACCAGACAUCACCCUGCUCUUUCUUUGUCAAAACAACCUUUUGUUCCCUACAGCUCCCAUGCGCCAGACUGACGUACAUUGGGCACCGGCUGAUCAGCACCAAGUACACCAAGGGAGGAGGAAGUGUGAAGACCACUCAGGAACUCACGGAGGAGGAGAUCCCUGGAUUACUUAGAGAUAAAUUUGGGAUUGUCCUAAGUGGGAAACUAAUACCGAAGGAUUUGUGAUCCCAAAUCUACCUGAAUGAUUGGUGACCUGUCGCUAAAUAUGAUGACAUGUCAUACAUAAUAUUCUUACCAUAUUUACCAAUGUGUUUUGUCAUGGUCCUCUCUUUGACCAUGCAUAAUUUUUUCUUUUCUGUUUUAUAAUAAAGAUUAACUUCA